AUGUCGACCGGCGGCCCGCCCUUGAUGGUUCCUGAGGACGCACCCAACCAGAGUGCGAUGGAGAAGGUCUUGGAGGCCUUGAACAUCAAGGAGAAACCCGAGACUCAGGUCCAGCCCGCAACUUCUGCAGGCGGAGAACCAGUCAAACCGGCGCUUGUGUCCGAUGCGCACGAACAGGUUGUCACACCCUGGGACGUCCAAGGCGCGGUGUCUAGCGACGGCAAGCAGACCGCGAUCGACUAUGAUAAGCUCAUCGUACAAUUCGGAACUCGGCGUGUGGAUCAAGCGAUGCUGGAGCGAUUCGAGAGGUUGACCGGUGUCAAGCCGCACCCUUUCCUACGGAGAGGGCUGUUCUUCUCGCAUCGCGAUUUUGAUAAAAUCCUGGAUCGGUAUGAGCAGGGGAAGCCUUUCUUCCUCUAUACCGGGCGAGGUCCGAGUAGUGGCAGCAUGCAUCUCGGACAUUCCGUUCCCUUCGCAUUCACGAAAUGGCUUCAGGACGUCUUCGAUGUUCCGCUUGUCAUCCAGCUUACAGAUGACGAGAAGUUCCUGUUCAAGCACGAGCUGAAGCCCGAGCAGACGCUCCAGUUUGCGAAAGAAAACGCGAAGGACAUCAUCGCCUUUGGAUUCGAUGUCAACAAGACAUUCAUAUUCAGCGAUUUCGAAUACCUUGGUGGUGCUUUCUACAAGAACGUGUCCAAAAUAUCCAGGCAGAUCAGCUAUAACCAGGCGAAAGCUACCUUCGGUUUCAACGACUCAGACAAUAUCGGCAAAAUUCACUUCGCCUCCAUCCAAGCCGCUCCGUCGUUUUCCAACUCAUUCCCUCAAAUCUUCGGCGAAGUGUCAAACAUCCCCUGCCUCAUCCCUUGCGCCAUCGACCAAGACCCAUACUUCCGGCUUACUCGCGACGUCGCGCAGAAGCUCAAGUAUCCCAAACCGACGCUCUUGCACUCCAAAUUCUUCCCCGCACUUCAAGGGCCACAGACGAAGAUGAGCGCGAGCGACCCGAACUCAGGUAUCUACAUGACGGACACGCCCAAUCAGAUCAAGAACAAGAUCAAUCGGCAUGGAUUUAGCGGCGGCAAGGAAACGGAGGAAGAGCAUAGACGAUUAGGUGGUGACCCCGACGUCGAUGUCGCGUACCAAUACCUGAGCUUUUUCCUGGAUGACGAUGAGGAGCUCGCAAGACUGGCUACGGAAUAUCGUGCUGGGACGCUGCUGACGGGGCAGCUUAAGGCGAGAUGUAUCGCUCUGCUGACGGAGAUGGUCACCAGCUUCCAGAAGCGACGCUCCGAAGUCUCCGCUGAAACCCUCGCUCAGUUCAUGGAUGGCACGAGGAAAAUUGUCCCCUCAUACGGCAAGGCGAAGACUGCUCCGUCACAUCCGACUGCUUGA